ACCUUGCUUCUUUCCCAGCCUUGAGACAUCCGACUGGAAGUGGGAGGAUGACAGCUGGUGUCAGAUGGAUGCUAAACCAUCAGCAGUUCCCUUAAGGGAGAUGCUCUGCCCCAGGCACUGCUCCCACAGCCCAACUGCUCUGCUCCUGCCUGGGAAUUCCCAGAUAGGAGCAGGAAUCUCCAGUGAGAGCAAACGUGGGAUAUUGCUUUGCUUUCUGCAAGUCUGACAGAUUCAAAAGCAAUGACCCCAAUGCCAAAAGGGAGGGCAUAAAAAUAAUAGAGGGAAAGGCAGGUUUUCCUGCAGAGGGGACCUCUGCUCUGGGGACAGUGUUAUUUAUUGGGAGGAGCGGGUGCGGGGCGGCCGACAGGUCAGUGACCGUGCUGGAAUUAUAUUUUGCACAACCCACAUAUAUAUAUAUUGAAUGCUGUUUGUAGGGCUGUUAAAAAUUAAAAGGGUGGACGGGCUGUUAGAGCGGGGGGAGCGAUAGCCGCGCUCGGGGGACACGGCUGCGGGUGGCACCCAUGGGCGCUGGUGGAGCACCAAGGGGAGGACCCGGGGCUCCCUGCAGCUCUCCGGUCACAGCAUGGCUCUGUUCUCUCCCAGACUGCAGGUACACGUGUCACCAGCAGUGCCGCAGCCUCGUCCAGCUGGACUGCCGCCGGCCCGACCCCGGGCAGCUCUCCCCCGAGGGCACCGUCGUGCUCCCCUGCAGCCAGAAUGUAACGAAAGCGGUAGAAGAAAAACCUGAGCCUCCAACCGUUGAGGAGAUCAAACAGAAGAUUGAAAAAUACAAUGCAAAAGUUACAAACUGCCUGUUGAUGAAGCUGAGCGACGAUGGGACCUACACCGGCUUCAUCAAGGUGCACCUGAAGCUGCGGCGCCCGGUGACGGUGCCGGCGGGGAUCCGGCCCCAGUCCAUCUACGAUGCCCUCAAGGAGGUGAACCUGGCGGACACCACGGACAGGAGGACGUCCUUCUACCUGCCACUGGACGCCGUCAAGCAGCUGCACAUCAGCAGCACGACCACGGUGAGCGAGGUGAUCCAGGGGCUGCUGAAGAAGUUCAUGGUGGUGGAUAACCCCCAGAAGUUCGCGCUCUUCAAGGAGAUGCGGAAGGAUGGGCAAGUCCUCCUGCAGAAGCUGCCCCUCACCGAGUUCCCCCUGUACCUGCGGCUGCUGGCCGGCCCCGACACCGACGUGCUCAGCUUUGUGCUGAAGGAGAACGAGACCGGGGAGGUGGAGUGGGACGCGUUCUCCAUCCCAGAGCUGCAGAACUUCUUAAUGAUCCUGGACAAAGAAGAGAAGGACAAAAUCCAGCAAGUGAAAAGGAAGUACGAGACGUUCAAACAGAGACUGCAGCAGAGCUUGAAAGAGGCCGGAGACAAACCCAGCUAACCCUCAGGGCGCACUGCGAGUCAGACUAAGCUACGUGUUGUUUUUAAAAUGAAAAAAAGACGCUUCUCAGGACACCUUCUGGGGGUCACCCUCCCACUUCAUCCCUCCACUAAGGACACAGCGCCCAUGAAACGGCCCCGUUGCGUUUCCUUCUUCUGAAACCUCAUACCCCAGGACCAGAGCCAGCCAAAGAAGGGGACACCUGCUCCGGAGCUGCCCACAGCAACCCAGCUGCUGGCGUGUGCUGUCAGGUGGAGCAGCUUGGUGUGGGGAAUGCCGAACCCAGCGGGAAGAGCUGGCUGAGCCCCUGAGCUGCUCGCGCUCCUCCCAGCAGCUCGCUCGCUCUCGCUGAGGUUCUGCAGUUGGGUUGCGUGUGGCCGAGUUCUCCUUUCUUGAGCAGAGCGCAGGAAGCAGCCGAUAGCACGGGGGAGGUCGGUGCACCGACCCACGUAGGUGCUGCAGCUGUAACCCAUGCCAGACAGACUUGUUCGAGGCUAAGGUGGCUGGGGCAAUGUGGAGUCACGGCAGCUGCAGCACCCCGGCAGUCUUGCAGUGAGUAUUACUGAACCGUAGUGAUGUUCGUUCCAGGAAAAAGUCACUUGUUUUGAUUCUAAUUAAUUCUGAAAACAGACUUGAAUUCAAGCAAAUAUCCACGAUGCUUAGCUGAGUUAGCCUGUACGUUACGAGUUUUCUAUUCUAAAGGAAUCGGGACCUAUGUUUUAAGAGCCAAGCAUGAAGAUGGGGGCAUGGGAUGGUGGUUCUGUACAGAACCUUGAGCAAUACACAGCCAGCAGAUGAUUGCAGCGAAGCUCAAAUCCCUCUUCCACCCAUCAGAGCCACUUGGAGCUGUGUAGGGGUCUGGCAGCAGGGAGAGGAGCUCCAACCCAGGCUGGGUUGUGGAGGGGGUGCCAGGAGCAGAAUGUCUGUGCAGGA